ACAAACAGGGUUUCAAAGAAGCAGCCACCAGUGUUACUAACGAAUUUCGCCCUUCAGUUUGAAAAUCGUGCUGUAAAGAUGCCUCGUUAUGAUGAUCGAUCGGGAAAUAGCACUCGUCUCUAUGUGGGCCACUUGUCUUCACGGACCCGUUCACGUGAUCUGGAGCGUGUAUUCAGUAAAUAUGGGAGGCAUUUGCCUGGCCCGAAGGUCAAUCUUGAGAGGGUGGCCUUGGUGGAAUUGAUGGAAAGUCUUGCCGGGUUUUAGGAGACUUCGGUGAUUCUUUCUGUAAUGGCCUUGGUGGAGUCUUGCCCGGUUUAGGAGACUUUGGUGGUUCUUUCUAUAAUGUCUUUGCGUAUUUUUAUGGAAUUCCAACAAUCUCAAACUGGUGUUUAGUUCGUCUUGAGGGGCAAGUGUUCAUGCACUUCCUGUGCUUAAGUAAGUAAUGAUGGCCUUACUGUUUCUGGCAACCAUUUCCGCAGAGUACGUGAUGUGGACAUGAAGCACGACUAUGCCUUCGUAGAAUUUAGUGAUCCUCGAGAUGCUGAUGAUGCAAGAUACUAUUUAGAUGGGCGGGACAUUGAUGGCCGCCGCAUAAUUGUGGAAUUUGCUAAGGGAGUGCCACGUGGACCUGGUGGUUCGCGUGAGUAUCUUGGCAAAGGACCUGCUCCUGGGUCAGGCCGCUGCUUCAACUGUGGCCUUGAAGGUCACUGGGCUCGAGAUUGCAAAGCUGGGGAUUGGAAGAAUAAAUGUUAUCGGUGUGGAGAAAGAGGCCAUAUAGAAAAAAAAUGCCCAAAUAGUCCUAAAAAACUCAGUCGACGGGAUCGGAGCUACUCACGGUCGCCUGUCAGGUCAAGGUCACGUUCACGUUCUCCUCGUCGUCGAAGUUACAGCAGAAGUCGAAGCUAUAGUCCGUCAAGAUCUCCUGCUCCAAGGAGAGGGAAAGUUGACAUAGAGAAGAGGUCAAGAAGCUACAGUAGGAGCCCUGAGCCAAGGAAGGCUAGUCCAAGUCCUAGUCUGAGUCCUCCACCGAAGACAAGGAAGAACAGCCCAACACCCGAAGAGGGAAGCCCUAUGGAAGCAACGAGGACGACGACCAGAGAAGAAGGUAGCUAUAGCCAAAGCCCCAGAGAGAGAAGUGCAAGUCCUUUAAGUCCUAGACGAGGGGAUAGCCCUGCACCUGAAAGGGAUGAGGACAGCCCUGCUGAAGCUAACGGUGGAAGUCGCAGCCCGAGUCCCAAGUACCAGAGGAACCGUGCAGAUGAUGACGAGGAUGAAGGUGAGAAUAAUAACCACCGGUCUGGCAGAGAGAGUGAGUCGCCUUGAGCUGUGUUUAGGGAUUCGUAACGAAGCAUCUUCUUGUUGAAGUUACUGUAUGCAAGCAACUUGGUUGAUCUUUCUGAAUGGAUUUUGUCCAGGCUGGACCUUGUGAAGCCCGACUGAGAUAUACUUGGAAAGAAUUUGACUCUAUCCAUAUUUGGUAUUGUUAGUACAAUAGUUGGUAUUUGAUGAUUUCCUGUCUCAUAUGUUAUGCAGCUGUUACUGAUGCUGUUACUUUUCAUAAAAAUAAUGACUUCCUUAACUGCACCAUUUGAUUGAAAGAGUUUGUCCUUUAAUUAGUUAUUAGAAAUUAUGCAUA